AUCUAGGAUUGUUUUUCUUUCCUGAGGGUUAGUCUCCAGUACACUUUCUGAUUGUAGACCCUCUGGCAUGGCUAAUGGAAUAUGUUCUCGCUUGGAAUCUCUAGGGUCGCCUUCGUGGUGCCCCUCUACGCCUUGUCCGAAUGCGUUCUGAAGCACAGACCGUUUGCCAAAAGACAAUCGGUGAUAUUCAAUUACUGAACUGCCGUCCCAAACAACGGGCGUUGAGGCGGUCGAGGAAGACGAGAAUUGACUCCGUUUCUGUUGACGUGUCUGCCGUGAAUAGCACUUGUCGCGACCGAAGAAUGAAGGCGGGACCGAUUUCGAGUUCCGUGCCGGGAGUGACCGUGUAGGGUUUCCAGCUUCCAUUCUACAGUGUGGGAUGGAUGGUGGGACCUCUGCGGAAGGUCUUGAGGAUGCUGUCGUUAACAACAGAUGGCCACGCCGAUCGGAGGCUUGAGCGCUCUUCAGAGCGACGGUGCUGCGAAUUGCUCCUGGUUCAUCUGGUGUUUUUCGAGACAUCCGUGCGCAAGGCGGAGGUAUCAGCUGUAGCAGAUGAGCAAUCGCAGUUCUUUGUUCCUCAUUUCUCAGAGUGCUUCUGUCAUUCAAUGCCGGUUUUCCCGUCACUUGAUUGUCUGUCAGCUGUCGCAUGCAGCGCAGUCUUUCACCUCUCUCCAGAUUCGAGGAAGCUAGAGAUAAGGAUCGGAGCCUGCGUCGAUUUCCGGGACCCACGUGAGAAGACACGCUCCGCACCCGCACAGCUGCAUAAGAAAGUGGGUCGGGGGAACUUCCGGGCUUGUCGCUUUCUGGGUGGGUCCAUUGAGUUGUUUGCAAAUUGUAACCUCGAACUACGGAGGGAGGCAGCCCUCUAGUCACAGCGGGAGCAGGGGUGCCGUAGCCUCCUUCUACUGAUCGUGACCUGGUUAAAGGUGGAUUUUGCACACCCAGCAUGCAUCUGGGAGUCAAGUGCGCGCUUAAUUCCAUGGAAUCUUGGGGGACGCAAACGUCAUUUGUCUGAAUCAGUGCAUUCCUAGGGAAUGCAGACACAUUUCGCGGGACGGAUGAAUCGCGCAUGGAACUAACAGCGCGGGAACUCAGAGUGCCGUAAGAGGAUCUGUUUGCAUUGUGAGUGACAGCAGCCUUCGCCUGACAUGAGAGACUGAGGGCCGGCAUUGGUCGAACUCGUUGAAAAGGGGAGUGGCAGACAAGUUGUUCAGUC